AUGCCACUGGAAUCAUGUAUGCUCGUUAUCGACAAUUCCGAGUAUAUGCGCAAUGGGGACUAUCCACCCAGCCGCUUUGACGCGCAGACAGACGCAAUCACAACUGUAUUCUCUGCAAAAGUAGACUCGAAUCCAGAAAACACGGCUGGUGUCAUGACCAUGGCCGGUAAAAGUCCAGAAGUCCUCGUAACUCCCACACAAGACGUCGGAAAGAUUCUUUCUGCUCUCCAUAAUACCACUAUGAGCGGCAGCGUCGACGUUUUGACCGCCAUCCAAGUCGCACAGCUCGCAUUGAAACAUCGACAAAACAAGAAUCUUCGUCAGAGGAUCAUUGCCUUUGUCGGCUCUCCCAUCAGCGACGCCGUAGACGAACGCGCCAUGACACGCGUCGGGAAGAAACUCAAGAAGAACAAUGUCGCACUAGACAUUGUUGCCUAUGGAGAAUACGAGGAAAACGAGAAGAGACUAAAAGCCCUCGUUGAUGCCGUGCAGAACAAUGACAAUAGUCACUUUUUGAUCAUCGCACCAGGGAGCCACCUCAUGUCGGACAUUCUCCUCUCGUCGCCCAUCCUCCGAGACCCUUCAGAGGCAGGCGUCCCCGGCGGAGAUGAAGCAGGUGGCUCGGGAGGAGGAAACGCAUUCGAAUUUGGAUUCGAUCCGUCUUUGGAUCCGGAACUUGCUCUCGCACUCCGCAUGUCCAUGGAAGAAGAACAAGCACGACAACGGAAUGCAGAAGCCGCCAGCUCGAGUGCUGCUGCACCCGCGGCGUCGACUAGCACAUCUGCGGCGAUGAAUACAGAGGGCGAGACGACGCCAAAGCCAGCGCCAAAGGUACUCGAAUCCACCACUGCUGAAGACGAUGCCAUGGAUGCAGACGAGAAUGAUCCACUCCUCGCCCAGGCAAUCGCCAUGUCUACCGGAGGCGGAGCAGCAACGACUGCUGCCAGUGAUGCGGACAAGGAUGACGAGGAUAUGGAUGGUGAAGAAGACGACGACGAAGAUGGGGAUGAUGAGGAUGAAGAAGAAGGAGAAGACGAAGAGGACGAAGAGGCGGCGAUUGCAAUGGCCAUUGCCAUGAGCAUGAAGCAGCAAGAAGACGAUGCGUCCGCCAGCGAUCCAAAGGCGAAAAAAAAGUAG